UGAUUCGAGAUAGCUGAUACCCAGUCUUUUUUUCUUCUUCUCAUAAUCUAGUUUUCAAUGUUCAGAGCUGUUUUCAUCUUUCUACUUUUGUGAUUUGAGCCGAUUUGAUUCCCCCGAGCAAGGUUUCUAGCUUCUAGCUGCCAGAUAUGACUGAAGGAACUCUCGCCUCCGCUGUCGCACUCCCCGACCAGGACCCGAUCCCGUCCCCAGAAGCAGGGCUUAAGCGGAGACAAUCGUCCAUUACGGAGCCGGAUUCGGAGUACAAGCGUCGGCGACUUAGCUCUCAGACGGAAAUCAAUGAUGCUCAGACCGGUGCAGAACGCAAACUAUCCUCUCCAGAUGUAAGACCGAGACGACCAGCCGGGGGUCGGGAUGAAGAGCGCAAACGCGGACAACGGCUAUUCGGUGCCUUGUUGGGGACGCUGUCGCAGAGUUCGACUUCGGCGGCUCAGAAGCGACGGGCGGAUAUCGAACGACGACAACAGGAUAAGCUCAAGUUGCAGGAUGAGGAGUAUGGCGAGUUGAAGAAGAAGAGGCGGGAGGAACGGGCAGUGAUACGCAAGAAGGAGCAGAGACUCUACGAAGAGGAAUCGAUGCGCACGCGCCACUCGAAUCUUGUGGCAAUGGCUCAUUUUCUCAAGACGAGGACAGAGCCGGUAUUGUACUACAAGCCGUGGCAACUAAGGGCGGAGGAGGAGGAUAUAAUACAGGAUCAGAUCAAAGAUGCGGAAGCUACUGUUGCUCGAGAAGUCGCGGAAUUUGAGACAGAAUAUGCACCCCAUGAGGAGAUGAAUCUUGAGGUGGGGAAGCAGGACACACAGGAAGAGAUACAGGAACAAGCUGCGGUGUCCGAGUCGGAUGCUCUGGAGAACAAGAGUGUCGCUCAGGCUUCGUCGGUCACGAUGGGCGCUGAGACGACGGUCGAUGGAGGCUCAGAGGAAGCUAAACCCGAGACUACGCCUGCGCACGAGAGCAAUGUAUCUAUGGAUCAUGACCGCUCGGAUAUCCAUCGACACGAUGAUGAUGGCGGUGAGGUGGUGGAGGACCAGGAGGAUACGGUGAUUUAUUAGCAACAGAAGCGAUGAUCCUCUUUUAUUCCACACGAUGAUGUCUGUUGUGUUUAGUAGCGAAUUGCAAUGCGGACGGGGCCACUGGGGACAGAGGCCGUCCGUGCGGAUGUACAUUAGUGUCUGCAUCCAGCAGGACCGAGGCAUCUCGGCGGGAAGGAAUGGCAACCAUUCCACUGGAUGAGCGCACUCGCAGUGGAGGAAUUCCGUGAACCUGGUCGUGGCUAACUGCCAGGGAAACAGGCCAUGGUCCCGGAAAUCCAUGCUACUCGUGCCCAAUAACUCCGCAGCCUCAUUCUUGACGUUUCAGUCAAUCAAUAGCUUCGGUUGCACGUGACGGACAGCUGGCGGGGGUCUCCAUAGGGUACCAUUUAUAGAUCCUGGGAAAGUCGGUAUAGCAGCAUGGA